UAAACAGAGGGAUUGCAGAUUUGCUGGCAACCGCGUGAAUUGACAGCUGUCAUAUGCAAUCGAUCGCAAUACUACUAUGCAGUGUGGCGUUCAAGGUCUCCCCCCUCUCUCUCUCCCUCCCCCUCAACAAUACUCGCUACUUCAAGAAGAUAGACGAACUAGACAGUCUCAAUACGAAACUGGUUAAAUGGGUAUCUUCAUCUGUCCGUACAAGACAGACAAGACAGACAGUAUCAGUAUGAAACUGGUUGACCGAGAUGACACAAGAAUGGCCGAUAUACCGAAUGAUAUCCUAAAACAUAUGUUGAAGUUGUUGGCUACUAAUAUUGGAGCAUCCGACUUUGUCCGUGCAACUUCCAGCUGCAAGGAGUGGAAAGAGUUCGCUGAGGAUACUGAGAUAUUGAAGACUGUGCAAUUUGGUAGGACAUACAGACUUAAUGAAUCAUUCUGGAGUGAAAAAGGGUUUUUGGUAAAAUGUGCUAAUGCUGGUAACAAAAGUGCCAUCGAUAUUUUAGUACGCAAGAGGAAGCUUGAUACACUCAGACUGUUUAUGCAAAGGAUGAAGGCCAGACAUUCUAGGCCUGACCUGCGCGCCACAGUCAAGAAAUGAACUCAGGCACACUCAUGAUUUCUUCUUCCCCGGGAUAUAGUAGCAUGCUUCUGGCUGCUAAUUCAAGUUCCCUCCUGCUCUAAAAUUAAAGAAACUUUCUUAUGGAUGCUUUUGAUUUAGACCAGACUGGUUUUGUUGUUAAAUGCUUUUAUAUUUUCCGUGAUUUCAGUUGGCCUGCUGUUUAGCGUGUGGAGUGUUAUCCUUUUCUUUUUGAAGUCUGUUGCAUAUAUCGCACCACCCUCCUAGUUCCUGAGUAGUUAUUGCCUUACUGGUUUUAACUCUGGAAACUAUUUACAUAUAGAUAGUUGUGUACAAUGUUUAAUAAGCAGCGUGCCUUUUGCUCCAACAAUUAAACACUUUAACCAUAACAUGCAUGGAAUCAAGAUGCAUUUACCUGAUCUUGAUAAACAUUAUCUUGAACAGGAAUUUAAUAUUGUCAAUUUGUCUUUAAUCACAAAUGAAAAAUGACCUAGAAUUGACAUUGACGGAAUUUCACAGCUAUAUACUUUUUUAGGUCUUCUCGCGUAGAUCGGCCUGCGCCCACAGGUGCAUUCCAUUAUUUGUUUGGUUACUACUCUGAGAACAUCUCCGAUAGGGAUUGCUAGUGCUCAUGUGGCAUGUCACUCUUGCUUAUACGAUGAUUGUGCAAUUUGGAAUGUAGGUUAAACAUUUAAGUAUGAGUAGAAAUUGCAGCAUGCCCGAGAUACAGAUCAAUUUGAGAGACCUGGAAACAAACUAUAUAAUUUUAAAGCAUUUAAGUUGUUUAAUUUGUUUUGAUUAUGUUACUAUGACACAGAUAUGAAGUGUCAAAUAUCCAAGUGCCGAACUAAAAUAAUCUGAAAAUUGUGGAAUUUGGACACGGGGACACAACAUUAUAUGUUAAUAAAUAAGCAUGGUAUGUAAUACAUUUAUAAUAAACAAGCAUGGUAAGAAGAUAUCUAAGCAAAAAGUAACAAUCAAAUUUAGAUUAAACCCAAUUCUGUCUAUUUUUGCAAAUUAGGAAUCUUAUCUACUUGAUUUUUAUUUUGCUUCUUGCUUAAUGCUCAUUUAUCAUGGUUUGCAUUCUUUAUUUAACUUAUAUGUAAUUUUUUAGUUGGUCAAAGUGUCCACAUUUCAGUCAUAGAAUCCAACAUGGAAUAAGUGAGUGAGUGUCAGAUUCGGGUACGACUGUCUAAACAGAAGAGAGUCAGAGUAAGAUAAUUUGUUAGUGUUAUGUGAGGUAUUUCUAUUACGUUUCGUUCUUUCCCAUUAUAACAUAGUUGAAGAAUUAGUAUUUGAACCAACACUGAAAACCUGUUUAAGUAUUUCUAUAAUUUUUUAGUGGAAACAAAAAAACAGAAGACAUGUCAAACACGGACACACACACACACACAUUUUUGGUUUUCAGUCAGAGUAAGAUAAUUUGUUAGUGUUAUGUGAGGUAUUUCUAUUACGUUUCGUUCUUUCCCAUUAUAACAUAGUUGAGGAAUUAGUAUUUGAACCAACACUGAAAACCUGUUUAAGUAUUUCUAUAAUUUUUUAGUGGAAACAAAAAAACAGAAGACAUGUCAAACACGGACACACACACACACACACAUUUUUGGUUGUGUCUGGUUAGCGCAGUUUACAACAUUAAUUUCCUAAGCUCCGCUUUGGAUUGGGACAUUUUGGGUGUGUAUGGUUUCGAUUUUGUACCACAUUAUUUAGAACUCCUAGGAAAUUUUGAAGCAAUACUUUGUAUCUUAUUUGUUGUAAGUCUCAAGGUGGAAUUUGAUAUAGCAUUUUUUUGAUAUGGAAGACUUCUUAUUCUUCUUUGGCAAAAGAUCGCCAAAGGUUUGGGACUUGAGUGAUGAAGAUGCAUUUUAUUUUGAGAGUAUGUUUUCAAUUGUCAUAUUUGAUUUUUAGGUAGGAAAGUAACCGUCAGCGCUGACUUAAGAUUUUGGUAAGUAUAUAUGAUAAGGAUCUAUUACAAAGCCUAAAUCCACAGGCCCGUUGUGCUAGGAUUGAUAGCCAGAUUGCUUAUUAAUUAAUCAAAAAAUUUAUUUUUGCUGAAAUAUUCGUUGAUGUUUAAUGGUCCUUGUUUAAUUUAUCAUUCAUCUUCGUCAACCAUUCUCUUGUUCGAGUGAACUUUGCACUUAAGGCAAGGUGCGGAAACAUCAAGUUGUUGCCGAUAAGAAAAUAUUUGGUGAACAAGUUGGAUAUGUCAUUUAAGAAUCUUUACACUGCUUGAAAUUCACAAAUGGGUGUGUGCGUGUAUAAACUGUGUCUUAACUUCCAAACUUGUGCUCUAAUAUAAUAAAAAAUUCAUUAACAACAGACCUAAAUUGCAUUUUCUAAGGUGUAUAUGAUUUUAAACUUCAUUCAGUGGUUAAUAUUGCAGAUGAUAAAUGCCAGCAACUAUUAUGCAAGAUGAAAUGAGAUGACACAAGAAUGACCGAUAUACCCGGUGAUUUCCAAAAACAUGUGUUGAAGUUGUUGGCUACCAGUAAUGGAGCAUCACUUUGUCCGUGCAACUUCCAGCUGCAAGGAGUGGAAAGAGUUCGCUGAGGAUACUGAGAUAUUGAAGACUGUGCAAUUUGGUAGGACAUACAUACAGACUUAAUGAAUCAUUCUGGAGCGAAAAAGGGGUUUUGGUAAAAUGUGCUAAUGCUGGCAACAAAAGUGCCAAUGUUAUUUUAGUAUGCGAGAGGAAGCUUGAUACACUCGGACUGUUUAUGCAAAGGAUGAAGGUUAUUUUACCUUCUGUUUAAUUUACCACAGUUGAUAUUAUAUGUAUCCUCACUUUCAGUAAGUGUUAGAUCUAGAACCUCUAGCUGAUCAUUUAACAUGAUCCUGCAGUCAAGAAAUGAACUCAGGCACACUCAUGAUUUCUUCUUCCCCGGGAUAUAGUUGCAUGCUUCGGCUGCCAACUCAAGUUCCCACCUGCUCUAAAAUUAAAAAUACUUUCUUAUGAGAUUGUGUAGUGUUAAGAAAGAAAAUAGGAAGUUUUGAGAGUCGACUUCCAAAGUUAGGUUUCAGCCAUCACUUCUACGCUCUUCAACCUUCACCCCCUUCAUUGAUUAAGCCUCUUUGCUCUUCCAUCCUCCCUCCUAUUAGUUUUUUUUAAUAAAAUCAAGAUCUUAUCCUUUUUGGUUGAGUUCUUGUUUAGUACCUUGGUAUCAAGGUUGUCAGUCGUGUUCAUUUUUUUUUGGAGAUGUUGGUGUUUUGUGUUUUGAUGUUUUUAUGUGCUUUGUUAUGGAUUUUGAUAAUUUUUUUAAGGGUUUAUAUUGUAUUUUGGGUGAUCGUAAGGCUCGCAUCAAAUAUGGCACGGUGGUGAAUACCGUAAGAGCUCACCUUUCACGACAAAAAAUUAUUAAUAUUUUGGGGCAGUUGUUGCUCUAAUAUCAGUUUAUUAUGUAACUUAUAGAUUCCUAUUGAGUUAUAAAUGAUACUUAUGUGAAGGUCAAUUGCGAUGCUGCUAUGUUCACAGCCGAAGUUUGGAUUACUCGAUAUGAUUGUAAUACUUUUUAGAUUAAAGAAUGUAAAUAUUUUAUGUGUUGAACGAUCAGAAAACAAAACGUCUUAUUUGUUUAA